GCUCGUCGUGGGCGGGGGAUGUGUCUGUUCGUUGUCCCGUCGCCCUCUCCCAAACGCUCGGUCCCGUGCCGUGCACCCGGCGAGCCCUCGGUAGAGACGAUUGAAUGAUUGAAGUCGGUCCGGGCCCUCUGCCUCCCUCCCCAGCGUGCGUCCGUCCGGUGGCCGCGAUGCCCGACCACGGGGACGAGAGCCUCCCUCCGGAGGAGAGGGUGCGGGCCCUCAUCCAGGUGGGCAGCGACGUGGAGGUCAACGACCACAUCCCCCCGCGACGCUAUUUCCGCUCGGGCGUGGAGAUCAUAAGGAUGGCCACCGUCUACUUGGAGGAGGGAAACACGGAGCGGGCCUUCAUCUUGUACAACAAGUAUAUCACGUUGUUCAUCGAGAAGCUGCCCAAACAUCGGGACUACAAAACCGUCAACAUCCCGGAGAAGAAAGAGACCAUAAAGAAGCUGAAAGAGAUUGCAUUUCCCAAAGCGGAGGAGCUGAAGAAGGAGCUGUUGACACGCUACACCAAAGAGUUUGCCGAAUAUAACGGGAGAAAGGAGAGAGAGGCUUUGGUGCUGGCACGGAGCCUGGCGGCCCAGCGGCAGCUGGAAGAGGAGCGGGAGAGGGUGGCAAGGCAGCGGCAGCAGCAGGCCGAACAGGACCAGUUCCGCGCCUUCGAGGAGCUGAUCCGCCGCCAGGAGCUGGAGAGGGAGCGUCUGCGCGUCGAGCAGGAGUUCGGCGGCCCGCACCCCGGCCCGCCCGAGGGGCCCCUGGUGCCCGGGGUAGAGGAGCCCGCUCCCGGCCCGCUCCGCGCGGGCCAGGUCCCCGGCCCCGGCGCCGGCCCCCAGCCCGGCCAGCCCCCCGCCGUGGACAGGUCUCUGAAACCCGGCGGGCCCAGCAGCUCGGAGACCAGUCCUCUGGUGGACGGGCUGCGCCAAGUGGUGGUGCCCGGGACCCUCUGCCCGCAGUUCCUCCAGUUGGCCGACGCCAACACCGCCCGCGGAGUGGAGACCUGUGGAAUCCUCUGCGGGAAGCUGAUGAGAAACGAGUUCACGGUGACCCACGUCAUCAUCCCCAAGCAGAGCGCCGGGCCCGAUUACUGCAACACGGAGAACGAGGAAGAGCUCUUCCUCCUCCAGGACCAGCAGGGCCUCGUCACCCUCGGCUGGAUCCACACUCACCCCACGCAGACGGCCUUCCUGUCCAGCGUGGACCUGCACACGCAUUGCUCCUACCAGAUGAUGCUGCCCGAGUCCAUCGCCAUCGUCUGCUCCCCCAAGUUCAGCGAAACCGGCUUCUUUCAGCUGACAAACCACGGGCUGGACGAGAUCUCUUCCUGCCGAGAGAAAGGCUUCCAUCCCCACAGCAAAGACCCGCCGCUGUUCUGCAGCUGCGGCCACGUGACGGUGGCGGACCGGCCGGUGACCGUCGCGGACCUCCGGUGAGGCGGGGCCCGGAGCCGGCAGCGCAGCGCCCACGGACGGCCUCGCCCCGGGGGGAUCCCCCAUCCCCGAAGGAGAGCCCCGCGCCCCACCCGGAAGCCGACACCCCCUUCGCGGCCCAGCUGGCCGCCGCCGUCCUCCCCUCCCUCGGCUCCCUAGGCGGACAGGGCGUUCCGGACCGCGGCGGGCUGGCCUCUGGCCCCGUGACCCCCGAGGGCACCAGAAUGGGCUCGGCCCAUCGGGCUCGGCCCAGCGGCCACAGCCGGAUAGAUGGAGGGCGUCCACGGGGCUGGGGCAUCUCUGCCUCGUCGCCCCUGCUCUCCCGAGAGGCCCCCGGGGCCGGGGGAGACCGGCGGAGGGGGUCCCUCCUUCCUUUCCCGCAGGUCGGGGUCGGCUGGGUGUACGCGUGUUUCUGGGAGCACGCGUACGCGUCCGUGGGUGCCUGUGUGGAGCUGGCCUGCACAGCGAGGAUUCGACGAGGGCACACCUCGCUGGCAUCCUGGAAGCGCAUCCAGAUGGAUCGCCGGGGGAUUUUUGCAAAGGGUUCGAGGCCGGGUCGGGGAAGGGAGGCCGGGGAUUGGCCCGAAAGGGCAGGAGGAUCCCCUCCCCACAUUGGACAGGUGGCGGGAAGGGUUUUGGAAAACUCCAUCCCCGAAAGGAGUCCAGUGGGCACCGAGGGGAGCGGACGGGGGGGGGGGGGCCGGGGGCCGACCUCUCAGAGGGCCUUGGGGGCCUCCCUUGGCCUCCAGGCAGGGUGGACUGGCCCUUCUAGCCCUCCCAACCCCCCUCUGCCGUGCCGAUGACCACGGGCCCUCGUCGCCGCUGUCCCAGAGGCCCCCUAGGCGGGGGACCCGCUUCCUGCCGUAGGUUCCCCUCCCUCCGUCCCCCCACGGUCCCCUUUCUCCUCAGGCCCCGAGCGCGAGCGGGCUCUUUGAGGUUGGGUCCCUGAGGAGAGGCAGCCAGACGGCAGCAGCCUUGAUUUUGAAUGCCAAAGCGGGCGGUCCGGGUCUCUCCGCCCUCCCUCCCUGCGCCCCGACCCUGCCCGGUCUCCUCCCGGCCCGUCGGUACCACCUCCGUCUCGGGCCGGAGGACGGAGCGACGUCCCAGCCGGCAAACCCCCCGACGCCCCCGGCCGGGUCCGUCCGCCGGGCCGGAGGAGGGCGGGGGGCCCGGGGUGGGCCAGGCCCGGAAUCCCAGGGGCCCGGCGGGAAGUGGGGCCGUGGUGGCGGUUGCCGGGUGGGCCCCAGUCCUGUGACUGACAUAAAGUUACACUUCAUUUUCGAAUGUC